UUGAAGUUCCUUGUUAUUUUUUAAAUUUUAAGUGUCUUACGACAGAAUGUGUAAUAUCAAAUUUUAUUUUCUUGUUUUAUACUUGCAAAUCACUAGUUUUUGUAAUUUAGAAUGUUCUAAUGACAAUUUACAGGAAAACAACACUAAACUAUUUUUAGACGAUAGUGAACUUGAUCGCUAUAAAUUAUUUGUCAAUACAAUAAACGAAAUCAAAACAAUGGGCGAUGUUCAAGUAAUUUUCACGGAGUCCGAUUUGAAUAAGAUAUUUAAUAUUGAUUGUUAUGACGAAAAAGACGAAGUAAUUGUAAAAUUUCAAACAAAAAUUGAAUGUUUGUUGUGCACCUACAGUUUGAUAGUGAAAUACAUGUUGUAUCACCUCAAAAGUCUAAGCAAAUCGAAGAUGUCGGAUGAUGUAAUGCUCUUGGAAAAUUCAGUAAGCAAUAACAUUACAGAGGAAGUUGAGGAAAUGAAAAUUAUACAAUCAAAAAAUAAUAAUAAAGCAAAACGUGUCACGUUUGCUGACAAAACGAGAUGUAUAAAUCUAGACAAAUUAUAUGCACAUGCCAUUUUUAGGACAGAGAUGCCCGAGGAGUAUAAUGAGGAUCUUGAAGUUCUAAAGAAAUUGAAUAGAGAAAAUAAACAUCCAAUAAAACAUCAAAAUAUCAUUGAAUUAUUCACUGAAAAUGUGCAAAAAAUGCUAUCAGUAUUGUACACUGGUAAAAUUGUCGCUCCUGAUUGGUUGUGGAUCUUUUCAAUAAAACUGAACGCAGUGAAUGUAAGACAAAUGACUGUUGAUGAAUUUUGCGAUGAAAAACUUGAAAUUUCUAUUCACGAUCAUUCAAAGCAUUGUAUGGAUCAUAACAUUUUAGAACCAAUCGAACUAAUGGAAGUACAAUUCACAUCAAAGAAUUCAGAAAAAUAUAUUAGAAAUCUGUUAAUGGAAUUAUUGUAUGAAUCUUCGGAUGGUUUGGUUAAAAUUUAUAGAUAUAAUGUACAAUUUAAUAUUUAUACGUUUUUUUGGACAAGACAUGACAAUUCAAAAAAUAUUCCCUUUAAUAUUGUACCUUCGCGUAGACAUUUUCCUUGGUAUGACAUAUUACGAUCUAGCCAAUAUUCGUAUUACGUAGCUGCAUUAAGUGUUUGCAUAGGAAACAUCGGCAAAACGUGGAAAACCGAUUACUUUGUUAUACGUAAGUACUUUGAGUUUUUAAAAAAAUCGCUUUUAUCUAUAACGGCUUAUUGUAUUUUAAAACACAGUUUGUUUUAUAUUAAAAACAGAUGGCCAUAUCACACAAUUUAUAGAGCUUUUUUUAAGUGGAUUUACAUACGGGGGUCAAAAGAGAUCAUAUAUACACAACUACUUGAUGAAUUUUUAGAAAGUCCACGAGGUGUAUUAAGUGAUAUCAGUCGAUUUUUAAAAAUGGAAAAAGAUAAAUUUUUUUUAGAUAUAGAUGAACACCUAAGAUCAACAAAUAACAAAACAGAAAAGCAAUUUAAACAGUUUACUUUCAAAAGACUUUAUACUUAUUUCAAAGAGUAUUCGAAAGCUCUAGGGUUAAAAAAUAUAGCUUCUUUAAUGAGCAUGAAUGUGAAUUUAAAGCAUAUCCACAUAUUGAAAACAAGUAAAUAUGAUCUGCACUUGUGGCCUCUACUAUUAAAUAAUUACUAUACUAUUAUUCGUUUGUUUAUGUCUCCUGUAAAUUUCUCAAUUUACGAAUACUUCAAAAAAAGUGAACUAAAUAAUUAUGACAGAGAUUUUUCUUAAAUUUAAAAAAAAAAUGAG